CCUUUUCACAUGAAAUCCUCCAGGAUGAUGAGUUCUAAUCCUGAGGAAGACCCUCUGGACACAUUUCUCCAGUAUAUUGAGGAUAUGGGGAUGAAGGCCUACGACGGAUUGGUUAUUCAGAAUGCAUCGGACAUUGCUCGAGAAAAUGAUCGCUUGAGAAAUGAGACAAACCUGGCCUACUUGAAGGAAAAGAAUGAAAAACGCCGAAGACAAGAAGAAGCAAUAAAACGCAUAGGUGGAGAAGUAGGGCGAGGCCACGAAGGAACUUACUUGGGGAACCACGAAGGAACUUACGUGGGCAAACACUUCCGCAUGGGAUUCAUGACGAUGCCCGCUCCUCAGGACAGGCUGCCCCAUCCUUGCUCCAGUGGCUUCUCUGUGAGGUCGCAGUCGCUGCACUCGGUCGGGGGCACAGACGAUGACAGCAGCUGUAGCUCCCGGAGACAACCACCCCCCAAGCCCAAGAGGGAUCCCAGCACCAAGCUGAGCACGUCGUCCGAGACGGUCAACAGCACGGCGGCCAGUAAGAGCGGGAAAGGCCCCGAGCGGAACGAAGUGUCAGCCAAGCCAAGACCCCACAGUGAUGAAUAUUCAAAGAAGAUUCCUCCUCCAAAACCAAAACGGAAUCCAAACACUCAGCUCAGCACAUCUUUUGACGAAACGUAUGUCAAGAAGCACGUGCCCCGGAGGACCUCACUCCCUCGGGACCCCUCCCUCUCCCAGGUCAGCAGCCCCUCAGGGGGCCCCGAGGAGGAGGAACCCGUGUACAUUGAGAUGGUGGGGAACAUUCUCAGAGACUUCCGGAAAGACGACGACGACCAGAGUGAGGCCGUCUACGAAGAAAUGAAAUAUCCCAUUUUUGACGACUUAGGCCAAGACUCAAAGUGUGACCUUGACCAUCACAGUUGUUCUUCGCAGUGUGCUACUCCCACGGUGCCUGACUUGGACUCGGCCAAGUCCUCAGUGCCAUGUACCCCAAAGGGUUUGCUCUGUGACAUCCCUCCACCCUUUCCCAACCUGCUUUCUCAUAGACCCCCGCUGCUGGUGUUCCCCCCGGCCCCUGUGCAGUGCUCCCCCAACUCUGAUGAGUCUCCGCUCACCCCCCUGGAGGUCACAAAGCUUCCUGUGUUGGAAAACGUGUCUUAUAUGAAACAGCAGGCCGGGGCGUCACCAUCCUCCUUGCCGUCCCAGGCUUCCGGCCACCCUAAACUGGAGAAAGACCAGGUCGGAGCCCUGGGACCCGUUCCUGCUGCCUCGGUUCUCUCCUCGUCCCCUCCCCCGCCUUCCACUCUAUACAGAACGCAGUCUCCCCACGGCUACCCCAAAAGUCACUCCGCCUCUCCGUCACCCGUCAGCAUGGGCAGGUCCCUGACCCCACUUAGCCUCAAAAGGCCCCCGCCCUACGACGCCGUGCAUUCAGGCAGCCUCUCCAGGAGCUCUCCAUCAGUGCCUCAUUUGACCCCCAGACCGGUGUCGCAAGAUGGGAGCAAGCUGGUCAAUGCCUCAGUCAAUACCUAUGGGUCGGCUCCGAGCGGUUCCCGGUCCAGAACACCCACGAGUCCUUUGGAGGAACUAACCAGCCUCUUUACCUCGGGACGCAGCCUGCUGAGGAAGUCGUCCAGCGGCCGCCGCCCUAAAGAACCUGCAGAAAAAUCAGCAGAGGAGCUGAAAGUUCGGAGCCACAGCACGGAACCAAUACCAAAGUUGGACAACAAAGAGAGAGGACAUCAUGGGGCAUCUUCCUCCAGAGAGCCUAUCAAAGCUCAGGAAUGGGAUGGAACACCUGGGCCACCUGUGGUCACCAGUAGACUGGGAAGAUGCUCUGUGAGCCCCACCUUGCUAGCAGGAAACCACAGCUCAGAACCGAAAGUAAGCUGCAAACUAGGUCGGUCUGCGUCCACAUCAGGUGUGCCCCCUCCAUCCGUUACUCCUCUCAGGCAAGCCAGUGACCUGCAACAGAGCCAGGUACCAUCAUCGUUAGCCAAUCGUGAUUGA